AUGUGGGCCUCUUUGUCCACCGAGUUGAAGACGCAAAUCAUCGAAGAGGUUCUGGAGAUCCGAUCUUCCGAAGAGAACGUAAUCAUCAACUACGAUAACUUUGGAACGUAUCAGUCUCGGCUGCUUCCGCUACUCCUUACGAACAAAGAAACCUCGGACAUUGCCGAUUUCGCCUUCUACCGCAAGACUACGUUCCAGGUCACGGUAGGAGACCCUGAGGGUAGUGAAACCUGGGAAAAAUGCAGUUUCAAGGACCAGAACUGGAGAUUCCCAAACGGCUGGCGCAGUGGACACGAUGGGACAAAGGAUACAUGCAAGCUUCCACCGCCGUCUAUCCGCAACAAAAUAUGCCAUCUUCGUAUCGACGUUCAUUCGCACCGUUGUAUAGGUGACGUCUUCCCGACAAAAGUUUUGACUGCGUUAACACUGGCGGGUUGGAAAUUUGCCAGACUGCGGGCCGUCGAACUAGGGAUGUAUGGGUGCCGCGACAAAUGGGGAGAAAGACGAAUUCGCCGUUUCUGUACCGGCCAUCACUAUCGCUUCCCAGAAUUUCGUAUCUCAUUCUUCGCGUGGGAUGGCCUCCAUGACGAGUUUCAGCAUUGUGGCACUUAUACUGUGCGAACCCCAAAUGCGAGGACAGUUGCCGGGACGUGA